UUUUCCUGGCGUGUGAAGAGUCUCUGUUCAAUUUGGCCUCGGCGCCUAUUCAUAGCUCCGGCUCUCCGCCAUUGCAGCAUUUCCAGCCUCUCCUUGUUCUAUCGAUGCUAAAAAUGGGCGCGCCGGGGUCACUAUUUCUACGCACCCUGGCCACCCGGAAUUCCGCAAGCUAGCCGAGCUCCUUGACAUCCGGUGCCAAGUCUCGGCGGCAUUGCUCCCUCUUCCUCCGCGCGCCCGCGCCUAGCUACCCGCGACGACGCAGGCGGCAUGAAGGGGGCCGGUGCCAUGAAGCUGUCGUCCAUGUUCUACGUCCACGAGGCGGACGUCGCCCAGAUCCACCACUUCCUCGAGGAGUGCUCCCUCUGCGGCAAAUCGCUUUCCGGCGACAUCUUCAUGUACAGAGGUGACACGCCGUUCUGCAGCGAGGAGUGCAGGCAGCAGCAGAUCGAGGUGGACAGAGCGAAGCACCGGCGGAAGAAGCGCGCGGCGGCGCACACGCUGUCCGCACGCAAGGGGCACCGGCACCACCACCAUCAGCACCACGUACAACUGCAGCCGCAGCCGUGGAAGACCGCCAUGGACACUAACCCGUGGGCCGACGCAGGGUUCGCGAGGGCGCCGGCGUUACGGGUCUGAAGAACACGCCGAACUUCCCGUGUGACCGCGCACGGUCGGGUUGACAGAUCGAUCGCGCGCGUCGGACGGGAGAAUCUUGCGAGCUCUGAUGCGUGCAGGACGAACGACGGAGACAUAUAUUAUUGCACCACACGCGAAUCCUUUCUGGUUUAGGGAUUGGUUGCGCUAGUGCUACAUAAGACCACGUACGCCCCAGGAUCAGGCCGAGUUGGUGACUCGGCAUCGUCUUCCUCGGGCGACUUUUUGGCUUGAGUUUUUGUUACUAGUAUCUCCCAAGGCUAGAACUGUAGAGCCAUGCAAUGACUACUGGGGAGAGCCAUGGAUGCAUGGGCUCUCCUCCACUUCUUUUGCCUCAAAUUUUGGCUCUAGUUCUGCUUUCGUGGAAUGAAAUACGUAUGGUUUUUCCU